AUGCCGGAAUCGGUGUCGUAUGACGCACAAAGGAGCCCAUUAGCCAUGCCGCCUCCGUCCGAGAACACGGCGUUGCUACCGAAGCCUCCGGCGUCCAUCUCCAAUGAACCCUACCCAAUCUGGCAAUGGUUGGCCGAGAUUCGGCUCCUCGCCAAAGCCGCCGUUCCCGUCAUCUUAGCGUAUACGCUGCAGAACAGCCUGCAGACCCUCAGCGUGCUCAUCGUCGGCAGAUUGAGUCCCGAAGCUCUCGCCACUGCUGCCUUUAGUUAUAUGUUCGCCAUGGCGACAGCCUGGCUCAUAGCCCUGGGUGGAACAACGGCCCUUGACACGCUUGCAUCGAGUAGUUUCACCGGAUCUUCGAACAAGCACGACCUGGGUAUCCUUCUGCAGAGGGGCAUAAUCGUCUUGUCGGCAUUCUAUAUGGUGGUGGCAGUGCUAUGGUGGUUUUCUGAGCCCGUGUUCCGAGCAUUGGGCCAAGAAGAGUUUAUCUGUGAGCAAAGCUCAACAUUUCUGCGAUGCCUGAUCCCGGGUGGGCUGGGGUAUGUGUGGUUUGAAGCGAUGAAAAAGUACUUGCAGGCGCAGGCAAUCUAUCGUCCUGGGACCUACGUGCUGCUCAUCACGUCGCCGCUGAAUGCAGGGCUCAAUUAUCUUUUUAUUCACACCCUCGGCCUCGGCUUGUACGGCGCUCCCAUUGCCACAGGCAUCUCGUACUGGAUUUCGUUCCUACUGCUCGUGGCGUAUGCCGUCUUCAUCCGAGGCAAGGAGUGCUGGGGUGGCCUGGAGUUGCGAAAAGCUGUGAGAAAUAUUGGACCCUUCACCAAGUUGGCGAUUUUAGGCGUCGUCCACGUCGGCACUGAGUGGUGGGCAUUCGAAAUUGUCGCCCUAGCCGCCGGAAGACUUGGUACAAUUCCCUUGGCGGCGCAGUCAGUCAUCAUGACUGCGGACCAAGUCAUCAACACCAUCCCCUUUGGCCUCGGCGUGGCAGCGUCGGCAAGAAUAGGAAACCUCCUGGGUGCGCAGCGACCGCGGGAUGCCGCAGUAGCAGCACACUCGGCGGCGAUCCUAUCUGUGAUCCUUGGAAGCGUCGUCCUGAUCACUCUCAUGGCAACCAAGGAUGUAUUUGGGAAAAUAUUCAACGACGACGAGGGUGUAGUCCGGCUCGUGGGCAAGGUGAUGCCAUAUGUUGCCUUGUUCCAGAUAGCAGACGGCCUGAACGGAUCGUGCGGCGGUGUGCUUCGAGGUAUGGGCCGCCAGUGGGUCGGGGCUGUGGUGAAUCUUAUCAGCUACUACGGCGGAGCUCUGCCAGCCGGGAUCUACCUCGCCUUCAACGGCUGGGGUCUCGCGGGGUUGUGGAUUGGACAAUGUGUUGCUCUGUAUCUGGUCGGGGGGCUGGAAUGGGUGAUUGUUGGAUUUAGCAAAUGGGACAACGAGUGCCAGCGGGCUUUGGAUCGACUGGAUGACUCCAGCAGUGAUGGAGAAGAUGAGGCAGAGAGGGCCGCCGCCAAUGGUGUUGUCUAG